GUCUUUUCCUUUCUUUUCUUUUCUUUUCCUUUUCUUUUCUUUUUCCUUAUUUUUAUUAUAUAUUAGAUGCAAUUAUCAACAAUUGGAUGUGUAUUGUUUACGCCAUUUAUAUUAUUAGUUGUUAUAUUUUUGGCAAUCUUAGCGAUAAUCACGAGUACGAUUACUUCUUCUUUUAUAUUCUUUAGACUAACAUUACUUGGAAUUGAAAUAAUAUCAGAUUUAACAAUUGAAUCAACAAAUUGGUUAUUAUCAACGUGUAUAGAAAGAAUAAAAGGAUAUUUACAUAUAAAAAAAGAAAAUCAUGAACGACCCUCUAUUGUUAUAAGAAGAAAAAAUAAUCUACCUUCUUCAGCAUCAUUAUCAUUGAGUAGAUUACCUUAUAAAGCAACUAUUAAAUCAAAAUAUUCAAUUUCAGUACCAGGCACUCCUGAUCCAGAAUUACAUCAUUAUCAUUUGGUAGCGACAUAAUCAUGUCUUUUAUUUUUUCAUUUCCCAUGGUUUUGGUCUUGCUAACAUUUUAGACUCACUUGGAGUUCCUUCAUUUAAAACAUUAGGAAUUUGUUUAAUGCCUAAUAAAUUACAAUUAUUUAUACGUUAAAA